UCUGCUGUCACUCUUCCACCCGCCGAACCCUCGACUCAACAUGGCCUUCGCUGGGAAAUGGGAAACUGAGACACAGGAGGGGUAUGACGAAUUCUGCAAGCUGCUCGGGAUCCCAGCUGAUAUCAUCGAGAAGGGCCGUGACUACAAGCUGAUCACGGAGGUCACCCAGAACGGCGAUGACUUCUCUUGGACCCAAGUCUACCCCACCAACGCCAAGGUCACCAACAAGUUCACCAUCGGCAAGGAGUGCGACAUGGAGACCAUUGGGGGCAAGAAGUUCAAGGCCACAGUGUUUAUGGAGGACGGCAAGCUGAGCGUCACCUUCCCCAACUAUCACCACUCUAGUGAGCUCAGUGGCGGCAAGCUGAUAGAGACCUCCAAAGCUGGGUCCGUUGUGCUGAAGAGAACAAGCAAGAAGAUCUAAAAGCUGACCUCUGACCUCUGUAACAAUCGCAACAACCGGAGACCUCAAGAUGACUACCAUAACAAUCAAUAAAGAU